GUUGUUGGCCGGGGAGCGAAAUAAAAGUGAAUAAUUAAAUACGCGUAGAAUCGCUUAGGCGCAGUAGCAUUACCUGGAACUAUUUGUAGUGAAGUUAACUCAAGACUGGGACUUGUACGAAACAUUUAAAGAAACAGUUUAAAAGUUAAAGCAAAUGUUUCAGUGUAGAAAUAAUACUGUAUUAAUCCAAGGAGCUAUUGUGUAUUAAUCAGUACAUUUAUUGAUGUAAUAUUAGAAAGUUCAAUGAAAAUAUUAUUGUAAAGUAUCAGUUUUAAUCCUAGGGAGCGUUUCUACGAUAUACAGUAUCAUGUGGGAGAAAAUCAAUGUAGUUUAAGUGUAUUGUAGUGGUUUGUGACCAAACACUGAAAUAUUUAUACAAGGUCUAUUCUAUAAUUUAAUCUUAUUAAAAUAAUUUACCAUUCCGCUCAGUAUAACGUUACGACACGCGAACAAAAAAACUUUUUAUACGGAACCAAUAAGAAGUCAGAGCGAUAAAAAUUAAAUUGUAACAUGGAUAUUAGGAGAUAUUGUUGAUUUAUUAGAUUAAAUCUGAUUUUGAUUUCUUAAAUAGUAUCUACACAUUACUGUUGACCGGUUGAAGUAAAAAUGCAAAGGAAUCCUGACACCUGCUUGAUAUAAACAAAUUCAGCUCGGAUUUAACGUCAGUAUGAAAUUUUAGUGAUCAACUUUAGGAUUUAAAACGACUUAAGUUUUCAAAAGAAAAUGAUCAUGCAUUGGGGUGUCAUGUAACUAAAAUGAACAUGUGCAAAGGAACUAGAUUAAACGAAUACAAUAAUUGAUCCGAUGUUUAGAAUUGAAUGGAAAGAAUCAGCGUAAAUAAUCAUUUAUAAACCAUUUUUUGGUUUGGAUCAUAAUUUGUGAAGGCUUUCAACGAUGAAGUAGACUAUUGAUUGUGACAGUGCAGAUUUUUUUUUAUUCCAGUUCUCUAUAGUUUCAUUGAUGAGUAACGAGGAUUUAAUUACGAAAAUUGAUAUCUUUUAUUUGAAACUCGAAUUAUGAAAAGUGCGGAAAAGUAGUAAAAAAACAAUAUCCGGAGUGUAAUAAAAACGUACUGCCGUUGCUGGGUAUUAAACAAAUAUGGAUGAAACGUCCGCAGAAAAUUUUACGACGACGAAUUCUAGGGAAACGGAAGGUCGGAUUCACCGGAAAAGAUCGCGAAACUCUUUGCUGAUGGAGGAAGACGGAAAAUGGAGACCGUUCUGGCAGCGCGGCCAUACGACAUUAGACGAAAUGAAAGAACAAAAACGCGAAAAGAACAUGCGUUAUCCGAAAUUCAGUAUGAGAAAAAACGUUCCACGCAAAAAUAGGUUAUAUCAUAGUAACUUAGAUCUCAGAAGUGUGGGAAGGACAGCGAAAAAGGUGAAAAUAUCAAAAAGUGUGUCUAUGCACGGUUUAAACCGCAUGCCACCGAUUGACAGUGGUAAACGUGAAAUUAGAAAUAACCAAAGCAAAUUGUCUCGCACUAAUAGUCAGUUAAAUUUGCCAGUUCUAGAACCUGAUAUCGAAUUAAAUGGGGCUGUUGGGUCACGUGACAAUAGUGCUGGCACGUCUGUCAGGUCUAGCGUCCGUUAUGGUCGCACUUCUGUCAUGCGCGCAAAUGAAGAAGAAGUAGAAGAGUCUGAGGAUGAAGAUGUUUAUCUAUCCGAUGACGACCCUGAGGUUUCUCGUAGAAACUUAGACAAAGCCGGGGAUUAUAUUGUGGAACAUGAUUGGAUAUUAAAAGGGGAGUUAGAAAAAGAAGCGCGAAAAGUUAAAACUCUUCAUAAUAAAGUUCAAAUCGUUCUUCCAGAUGAAGAUCCUCUGGAGAGUAUACAGUCGAGAAUGGACGAGAUCAAUAUGAUGGUAAAACCACGUGCAGAGUUUGGAAACUACCUGGAAACAAUUGACCCCGAACAGAAAGAGAAAAUUGUGAAAUACAAAUACGUUCAUCAUAGUGAGAUUAGGAAGAAGAAACGGAAAAACUGGACGGCAAUCAACAGAUUCCAGGAUGCCGUUCUCAAUAUCAUUCUAUUGUACCGGGCUUGUCAGCCCAGGAGAAGAUAUCUUCACGAAGACAAACCAGAUACAGCGCCGGACGGUGUGAAGAAAAUCAAACAGAAAAAUAAACUUGACCGUGAUAAUCUCAAGAAAUCUAGUCUUGGGUUUGAAAUGCAACUUUCACUCGCAACGCAACCAGAAUACAGAACUUCAGAAGAUAUCAAAAGGAUAACACAGGUAUUACGGGCAACGAAAGCAUUCAAACAUCUGUUUCCCGCACAGUUAGAAGAACAGCUAGCACGGGUAGUGGCGUAUGAGAGAUAUGACUCAAGGAGAAUUGUGGCACAGCAAGGCAGAGACCCAGAGAGAUUUUAUUACGUUUUAACAGGAAAAAUGAACAAAGUUCGGGAGUACCGACUGCUGUCUGGUGUUGUCACACGAGACGAAGGUUAUGUAGAGAAAGGUACAACGACUGACCCACAAGAAAUGUCUCAAAAUUGGCCGAGGGAGCAUCACUUGGUAGCCAAGGGGCAUGUAGAAGUUCUAAUUCUAGAUAGAAAUGAUUUUGCAGAUUUGCUUCAUACAUCUAAAGGUCCACCAAUAGAUUUCUUGCAAAUGUUAGAUCUAUUCAAGGAAUUCCCGUGCGAAGAAUUUGAAACAAAUCCUGAAGCAAUUGAUUUUAGAUAUUACGGACAAGAAAAAAUUGUCGUGAAGGAUAGCAACCGAACACCAUGGCUGCAUGUUGUUAAAACGGGUCACGUGAAGGUUGUACGUACACAGUCAGUAAUUGAUGUCAAUAACGAAGACAAAUUUACCGGACAGUCAACGGAAGAACUCGGUUGUGUCAGACCAUUUAGCCACGCGGGUGCUAUGCUUGGUUUACUGGCUAAACAACGAAAAAUGAAGACUAUGGUUGGUGCAAUAUCUUUUCCAGAGGAGCAGCCUAACUCUGAGUUAACACGUAUGUACCGACAUUCUAUUGUCAACAUCCCUAACAACAGCAAUAACUCGUUCCAGGAGAAUUCGCCUAGGCCUGCUGUUAAAAAGAAACACAGAGCAAACAGCUCACCUUGCGCAGAAAGGAAGGAACCGACAGAGCUACACAAUGCCGGAAGUAGAUCAGGUCGACUUGCUAAUAUAGCGGAAGACAGCGAAAGUAGCGUGAGCGGUGAAAAGAAAUCAUCCACACCAACUUUGGUUAUAACAUCACCAACACUAAAGUCGGCCUCGCCAAACCAGUUGCAAACCAAUGGCAAGCCGGACAGCCCUAAACAAAAACAAUCUUUAUCAUUCUUACCACCAAUAAACAACGAAAGAAAAAACAGUGAAUUUGUGCCACAUGGAACGUAUUUAACUAGAGAAAUGACUGAGUUUGAUCCCGUGUACAAGAAGAAACAAAAGAAGGAAGUAGUGCAGAGAGAUACAUACCUGCAGUUGGAUGUACUCAAACCGGGAGAUAUUUUUGUUGGUAAAGGAUUCCUAAGUAAUGAGGGUUUCGAACAUAUUGAACCACAAGCUCUUGCUUCUGAAGCACCCGGUGUAACUUUGAUAAGUGACGGAGCUGAAAUUAUAAAAAUCAGUAAAAGAUUCUUCCUUCAACACGCCAAGAAUAACACAAUGCUCAAGGUGGAAACAAUGCAAAGAGAAUACAUGACCCCAGAAGAGGCCAAAACUGUAAUGUACAACAAGGAAACAUGGAAACAAUACAAAUCUGUUCUACUUCAAAGAACGGUUGAUACUCUGCACAGAAAACACGUGGAGAAAGUUCCUUGAUUGAAAUACACUUUUUGCAUUAAUGAUUUCACAAACUUAGUGCUUGAUACACAUAUACGUGGAUUUGCAUUUUGGCAGUGCCAAACAAUCCUAUCUGUGAUAAACUACUUCAGCGUCUUACUUUGUAUAAAAGAUGAUGUGAUUUUGACAAAUUUAUGUAUUUAUACCACCUGGACAGUAUAUUAUGUUAUUUGUAUUACAUUUUGGUGCUUUCAUAUGCAUUUUAUGUUAUUAUAUAGACUUUACACAUUGUGUUGUCCCUUCUGUAUAUACAUCAAUGCAAUAGAGACUUACGGUGUUAUGAUAUGAAUCAUACUGUUGUUGAACUCGGAGUUACAAUAUAAAAAUUGUCCAAAGUA